GGAACCAUCAGGCCAUCGGGCGCGGGGGAGGGCAUGUUGAGUGAGCAAGAGAAGGGUCAGGACCAGGACCGCAGGCGCCCCCGUGGAAGCGUGGCAACUGGCAGGCCAUGCACUGGCGCGGCCCGAACGAGCUCUGUUCGGGUAGAGGAGGCCCCAGUAGGGGCUGGCGGCUUGCACGGAAUUGCACCCCCCUUUUUAGUGGACUCUGCUGUAGGCCUGCGGAUCCCGCCAAAGCCCAUUCUCGGACCCUUGUUUUAGCCUUUUGUCACCCGUGUGGUCUGGGGAUUUAGUACUGGGUAUUGCCAGACAGGAUCUCGGACCGUGUUCAGGGACCGGACGUCUCCGGGUGGAGAUUCUGCCCUUCGCCAACUCUGCCACCCCAGGCCUCUUGGGAUCACGCUCUUUGGGCCCUGGACCCCAUGGCUGAUAGGAAACUGGUGGUGGUUUUUGGAGCCACAGGUGCACAAGGUGGCUCUGUGGCACGUGCAUUGCUAGAAGAUGGGACAUUCAGGGUUCGAGUGGUAACAAGAAACCCUGAGCAGGGGGCAGCCAAAGAGCUGAAGCAGCAAGGUGCUGAGGUAGUGCAAGGAGACCAGGACGAUGCAGCUAGCAUGGAGCUGGCCUUGGCUGGAGCUCAUGCCACCUUCAUUGUGACCAAUUACUGGGAGACAUGCAGCAAGGACCGAGAAGUGCAGCAGGGCAAGCUUCUAGCCGAUCUAUCCAAACGCUUGGGCCUCCAUUAUGUAGUGUACAGUGGCCUGGAGAAUAUCAGGAAGCUGACGGCUGGGAAGCUGGCCGCAGGACACUUUGAUGGCAAAGGGGAGGUGGAGGAAUACUUCCGAGACAUUGGUGUUCCCAUGACCAGUGUGCGGCUGCCUUGCUAUUUCGAGAACCUCCUUUCCUAUUUCCUGCCCCAGAAAGCUGCCGAUGGAAAGAGCUUCUUGCUGGAUUUGCCCAUGGGUGACGUCCCCAUGGAUGGAAUGUCUGUGAGUGACCUGGGCCCCGUGGUGCUCAGCUUGCUGAAGAAGCCGGAAGAGUACGUAGGGCAGAACAUCGGGCUCAGCACCUGCCGGCACACCGCAGAGGAGUAUGCUGCCUUGCUUAGCAAGCACACUGGCAAGACGGUACAUCGUGCCAAGACAACUCCUGAGGAGUAUGAGAAGCUUGGUUUCCAGGGGGCACAAGACUUGGCCAACAUGUUCCGUUUCUAUGCCCAGAAACCUGAUCGGAACAUUCAUCUGACCCUGCGGCUCAACCCCAAAGCCCAGACGCUGGACCAGUGGCUGGAGCAGCACAAAGGGGACUUUGCACAACUGUGAUCUCGAAGCACUCGUGGGGACAACAAGCACAACACUCUUUCUUGUAUACAGUUCUGUGUUUGGAGUUUUUUUGUUUUUGUUUUUUUUUUCCUCCCAAAUAAAACCAUUGUUAUC